AUGAUUUGUGAUAAUUGAGUUUUGACGACCAUGGCGGGAAAGUUUUUUAGAGCUUGUUUACAAAAUUGAAUUACUAUUUUAUUUUUAAUAUUGAGUUUACUAAUUAGUUAAUGAUACAAUAUGAGUACAAGAUCAAAAAAGAAGCAAUCAAUACCGGGCACCAAGGAUUCAAUAUUACAAAAACGUGUAGAGAAUUCAUGGAUUCUGCUCAUAAAAGAGUCAAUACUUGAAAAUAAAAAUUUUCAAAUUAUCUCACUUCCACAUCCAGCAAAUGGCAAUUCAACAAAGUAUGUGCUGGAUAGUCUUAAUCACAAGGUAUAUGAGGUUGUAGCAUUCAAUGAAUUCUACAGGUCAUGGUUCAUAGAUGACACUGUGAAGUCUGAUGGCAGUAUUAUGAUGGUAACACCAAUUAAUCCAUUGUUUUUAGUUUUGCCGAGACUAAGACAACAAUGUGCAAACAGAGCCAUUCCUUUUGAAGAUUUACUAUCGGAGAAGGGUUUUGACAAAAUCUUGGCUUUUGUGACUAAUUUGGACGCUGUCGCUGAUUUAAAGGGUCCACAGGAUCUAAGAGCAUAUAAAUAUAAUGAAGAAAAGACUUUAAAUUGGUUAGAAAAUAAAAUACGAAAAUUAGCCGUAGUAUUAAGGGAAAAAAGAGUUCAUGUGACAUCUGGAGCAGUUUCAGCCACAUUUGUAACAAGUGAUGUGAAUAAUCAAAACAUAGAUGAAGAAUUCUACUUAAAAUAUGCGCAUGGGAUGAUGUCUGAUUACCUUGAAGAAGGAAUAGUUGAAUUACUUGAAAAGAAAUUUGAUUUUAAGACAGAGCUCAUUGAACAUAUUGGCAACAAAAGGAAAUCAGAAAUGGGACUAGAAGAUGUCAAUAAAAAAAUUAAACUCGAAUCACAUGAACAGUCAGAAGAAAUCAAAUUCAGCCUCAAUAAUUCAACAAUGGAUAUUAAAAAACAAAAACCAUUGACAGCCAAAGAAAAAGCUAGACAAAAAGCUGCUAUGGCAAAUGUACCUAAGGAGCAACAGUUAGAGAGUGGCGGCGACGAGCUGGCGGAGGUGUCAUGGCGUCAUCAGCAGCAACCAUCCUAUGCACCACCAAUAUCGUCAGCGGCCGACCACUACAGCCCGGCAGGUUAUUAUGGCACAACAGCUCUUCCUUAUCAGGCAUUUGGAGUUGGGGAUGGAACAUGGUCCACCAAUGGAACAGACCCAAUGACUUUCCUUGGAGGAUACAAUCCUCACGAUUCUUAUGGCAUGGAUGGUGUGUUCGGACACACAUCUACAACACCGUUUUCAACAGCUGCAUUCGGACAGCCAUCAACAUUUAAUUAUUUUCCUGGAAACGGUGACUACUCUACUUGGGGUCAAUUAGGGCGAGCCAAGCAGUAUGAUGAUUACUACAGAACCGACGGGUUAUACGUGCCAGAUGGAAUCAAGGCGGUGGACGCCGGCGUCCAAGCACUGUCGCUCGGCGAGCACAACAAGAUCGACAAGGAUCGCAUACCCGAACUCAAAGACGUAUCAAGUGGAUCGCAACCCAAAAAGAUGACGUGGGCAUCGAUAGCCAGCCAACCGGCCAAGCCCGCUCCUUCCAUGCAGAGCGGCGGCCUCAAGAAGAAGGGACCGGGAAUGCCGCCUCCGCCAAUAGUGCCAGGCAAACAUAAUAUGGAUAUCAGUACAUGGGACGCGGGCAAAAGCGCCCCCGUGGCGACAGCGCCGCCGCCUCCGCCGCUGCAGUCGCCGCCCGUGCCGGCGCCGCUGCCCAUGCCGCAGCCCGCGCCGGUGCCGCAGCCCGCGCCGCUGCCGCGCGGUCCGCCGCCGCCGCACCAGCCUCCGCCCGCGUGGGCGCGCGCGCCGCCGCCGCACCAGCCGCGGCCGCCCAUGCCGCCACCACCCGCGCCCGCGCCCCCCGUCGUAGCCGCCGCGGCACCCGCUACUCCGCACCCCGUGCUGGAGGAACUGCGCGUUAAGAACGAAUAUAAUCCGAAGGAAUUCGACCUCAGCGCCCCACUCGCUCGUUUCUUUGUGAUUAAAUCGUACUCGGAGGACGAUAUCCAUCGUAGUAUCAAAUACGAAAUCUGGUGCAGCACCGAACACGGUAAUAAACGCCUCGAUGCUGCGUUUCGCGAUCGCGAAAGGGAGGGCGGUAUGGUGUACCUCUUCUUCUCGGUGAACGGUAGCGGCCACUUCUGCGGCAUGGCUCGCAUGAUCAGUGCCGUCGAUUACAAUUCGAACUCGAGUGUGUGGUCGCAAGACAAGUGGAAGGGACAGUUUCGCGUUAGGUGGAUAUAUGUUAAAGAUGUUCCUAAUGUUCAACUGCGUCAUAUCAAAUUAGAGAACAAUGAGAAUAAACCGGUGACAAACUCGCGCGACACUCAGGAGGUUCCGCACGCCAAGGGUCUCCAAGUGUUACGUAUCAUGCAUAGCUACUGCCAUUCCACCUCGAUUUUUGAUGAUUUUAUACAUUACGAGAGACGCCAAGAAGAGGAGGACUCGCGCAAAGUUCCUAACAGCCCUCCUCCCCACAACAGCCGCGAAGAACACGAGGGUGGUCGCGGUUAUCGGAAUAAUUAUCGUGAGUAUCGCGAGCAUCGCGAUGGGCGCGACGGUCGGGACGGGCGCGAGCACCGCGACGGACGCGACAACAGAGAACACCGCGACGCGCGCGAACCACGCGACCCUCGGGACUCGCGCGACGCGCGUGACCCGCGUGACCCGCGCGACCCGCGUGACCCGCGCGACCACAGGGACGACCGUGACGGACGAGACAAUCGCGACCACGGCUAUCGUGACCGCGAAUCCGGUUACAGGCCCCAUCAUAAGGAUCGUGACGGCUCGCGCGGUCGUGGACGCCCUCGUAACUGAUCAUACUUAGUGAGUGAGAACAAUUUGAGGACUGGCUUCUCUCCAUAGACAACUAGUACUCGAGUAAUAAUUGGUACCGCAUUACGAGAAGUGUAUGUAAACCGGCAUACAUAAAGCUGCAAUGAGGAACCACAAAUGACGCGAUUCAACAGAGUUGCAUUACAAGUUACAACUUGGACUAUUGUUACAAAUAGAUUAUUAUUAAUUGUUUUGAACAGUGCUUUCGCUAAGGAAAAAACAUUCAACAAAUUAAAAUGUGCUAAAUGAUAUUUUAUACUGGAAGAACAUUUAAUUAAAUAAUGACACUAGUGAACAGAACAUUAAUUAAUUAUCAUGUGUUGGUUUCAUAUCACAUGAUGUGUGAAAUUGUGGACUUUAUUUCAAAUUUGUGGACUAAAUCAAUUAAAUAUAGUAAUUUUAUAACUAGAAAAUUCUGUGGUGAGAGGAGUUGAUCCUUUUGUUUAAGGACUGGUGAAUCAAACAAGUAUGAUGAUUAUGAUAACAUCACUAGUGUGCACUGAUUUGGUGUAGUGUUCAAACAAUACUUUAAAGAUCAGUGUGUUACAAAUACUGGAAAUAGUUAAUAAUUAUCUACGGACACUUGUAUGACUUUUGUAAUACAAGAGGAAUAUGUAAUCACGUGAGGUGUACAUGGACAUUUUAUAUACAGUUUUAUAAUCAUACAGGAAUUCUCUCAUAUUCUACUUUUGUAUUGAUUUCAUAAUUAUGAUUUAUGAUAAGUGCUACAUGAUCAUAUUUUAACAUAUUUUCUUAUUUGUGACCCUUCCCCCACUUAUGCUCAAUGCAAGACGAUUGCAUUCACAGAAUCAUUGUUGACAUUAAUUUUAUCCCAUUGAUUUAAUGAGUUAAUUGUUUGUGUUUUUAAACAUUUGUAUAUAAUUAUAUGUAUUUCUACUAUUAAGUGCAACAACAGUGUAAUGAAGGAAAAUUGAUUGAAAAAGAUAUUUUGCCAUUUUAUUGUUUAUGUAAGUAUUUUAAAAUUCCCACCUUAAUUUUUCAAGUGCCCUUUUAUCAUAUUUGUAAUUUGUUAGACCUUCUACUUCAUCAUUGCAUGUAAUGAAAAUAUGAAUUAUUGAUGUUUCACUAUAUAUUAUUUCAUAGCAUCAUUUGAUUUACUUAUCAUUUUUUACUUGCUAUGUUUAUAUUGUUGUCAACAUUUUGUUACAACAGAAGAAAAUACUUGGGAUGUAUGAUUUUAUUUUUAUAACAAAAUAUUGAACUGUAAAAAACCAAUCGAACCGUAAAACUAAGAUCGCUAUUGUUCAGUUUCAAUAAUUGCGCAAUGUUUGUUUAUUAUAAAAAAAAAAUAAGUGAACUUGUAUAGAGUUCAAUCGAUACUGAAUUAAACUGUCAUAGACGUUGUUAA